UCACCGAAACUAGUCGUGAUGAAACUCCUGGUACUUUCUGUGCUUUUGUGCGCUUUGGUGGCCACCAGCACGGCCCAGUCAUCCGUACGAUCUCAGAUGCAGAGCGCUCUCGGAAGCAUGCUGGGGAUCAUGCGGGAAAUGUCGCUCACAAACAAGGCACUCAUCAGCAACGCGGACGAUCAAAUUGCAUUAAAUACGGCCUAUACGGCAUUGGACGAUCUGUAUUCACUGUUCUCUGUGUUCGGAAGCAACAACAGCGCCGGGUUACCACUGCCAUCCCGUACCAAGUUGAACAGUGAAUUUCCCCCUUUCCAGAACGCUGUCGCUGGGUGGGAAAAUGCUCUGGACACGCGCACACCUGAUGGCCUGUCCAGUGCGUUCAAAGCUAUCGAAAAUGCAUUUUUGAGGCUAGCCGGAGUUGUGGUAUCAUUGUAA